AUGACAUUCUAUCGCAUCGCCGUAGUGGCCUUGUUGGUCGUUUCCGUUGCUACGUCGUCAUCGCGACCGUUGAAGCGCAUAGUGGCCGUAGCAGACGUUCAUGGCGAUCGACGUAACUUGAUGCAGGCCCUUGAGAAUGGCCGGGUACUGGUGCACAAGCAUGGUCCCGAGCAGGAGGGAGUUGAAUGGCAUCCAGAAGCCUCAGACCCUGCAGAGCCUGUUAUGGAAGGCACUCAGGUGGUCCAACUAGGGGACUUGGUCGAUCGAGGGCCGCUUGGUCUGCAGUGCUAUCGUCUCAUGCAGGACUUAUACGUGGCCGAGGGGGCCAAUGAGGUGGUCCGAGUGCUGGGCAAUCACGAAGUCCUCAAUUUGCUGGGCAUGGCCGGCCGGUAUGUGACUGAUGAGGAUGUCGCCGAAUUCGGCGGGGAGGAGGCCAGGAGGGAGAGUUGGUCCCCUGGUGGUGAGAUCUGGACCAUCCUCAAAGACCACUACGAGUUGGUUCACGUUUAUGGAGGCUCGUUCACGUCCAAGUACAGUAGUGGUAAACUCCCUGAGCUCCUACCCCUGGACAGAGCUGACACCCUGUUCGUCCACGGCGGUGUGAUGCCGGCCUUGACCGACCGCUCGAUCGACGAGUUGAAUGAGCAGGCUACUAGGAUGAUCAGAGAUGGGGCUCUCAAGAACCCUCUGCUACUGUCGGAGUCCAGCCCUUUGUGGUCCCGAGUAUACGCCUUGGGUAGGGACGAAGAGGCGUGCCCACCGUUACUGAAUGUCCUGCGGCAUUACGGUGUGGCCCGGAUGGUCGUAGGUCACACCCCUAGUGAGGAUGGUCGGAUGAAGGUACGCUGUGGAGGAAGGGCCAUCCUCGCUGAUGUCGCCCUGUCACGGUGGAUGGGUCGGUACCCUCAUCAUGGUCACCCUGCGGCCCUGGAGAUGACUCUGGUCAACACGACACACUUGGAGAAGAUAGAAGCUCAUUAUGGUCCAGAGAACGACACUGGUGCAGGCCAGCACCAGCUACUGUGGACCAACACGGACGGCCUCAUUGAAGUGGGCAAGAUGAGUUUGCUGAUUCGGACGAGAUGA